CUGAAAACAGGAAAAUUUGAUCAUCUAUUGUUGGUACUUAAGAAUUUGAUGUUUGUCAUAUAGUAUUUGAGAGAUGCGUUAUUAAUGCAUACAAGUUGCAAGUGAUAUACGUACUUUCCAAUAUACAAUCCAUAUCCAAAACAUGAUCUCCUGCCUGAAAUUCACCGAUUUUAUUAGUCUCCCUUUGCCAUUUGCCUUGUCUUAGCUUUUCUGUUGCAUCUUCAGCUCGUUUUAAUUUCCUUUAUGAUCUUCUAUUUCGAGCAUUAAUCAGAUAGAUGGCGAAUACAGAGACAAUAAGGACGAUUGUUGGAAUUAUUGGAAAUGUUAUAUCUUUCUUCCUCUUCCUAUCCCCUGUGCCAACGUUCAUUAAAAUAUGGAAAGUAAAGACGGUGAUGCAAUUCAGACCAGACCCUUAUGUUGCUACUGUUCUAAAUUGUGCAGUGUGGAUAUUUUAUGGAAUGCCCUUUGUUCAUCCAGAUAGCCUUCUGGUCAUCACCAUUAACGGCAUCGGUCUUGUUAUAGAAUUAAUUUAUGUCUCAAUCUUCUUUAUCUAUUCCGAAUGGCCAAAACGUCGGAGGAUUAUAAUUGCUUUGAUAAUUGAAGUAAUAUUUGUGGCGAUCGUCAUUUUCGUUACGCUUACUUUCCUCCAUGAUACCAAGUCCAGAUCCAUGCUUGUUGGAAUAUUGGCUGUCAUUUUCAAUAUUCUUAUGUACACUUCGCCCCUCACCGUCAUGCGUCGAGUCAUCAGCACCAAGAGUGUGAAAUACAUGCCAUUUUUCCUGUCACUUGCAAACUUUGCUAAUGGAUGUAUUUGGUUCGCCUAUGCAUUCCUCAAAUUUGAUCCCUACAUCUUGGUACCUAAUGGCCUGGGAGCGUUAUCUGGAGCACUUCAGCUCAUCCUUUAUGCAACAUAUUAUCGCUCCACCAACUGGGACGAUGAUGGAAAGUCAAGUGAAAUUGAACUUCCAGGGAACACCACACCCUAAUUUAGUUCAAUUUAGGAUUUAAGUUAGAUUUACCGAUAGUGUAAGGAAUUUUUAAUUAUUAUCAGUACAAUUAGCGCGUUAUAGCAGAUUGCUUACUACUUUUCUAGGUUACCGGUCAAUUAUUAGAGUUCAUUAUCUGUGUAAAUGCAGUUUCAGCGACUUGAUUGUGUAAAUAUUUCUUAUGCUUUUAGCUUCUUAUUUUUUUUUUCUACACAUUAGGAAUUGUGUUAUCAAAGUAGAAAACUCUCUAUUUCCCCUUCCCAUUCCCCAUGUAUAGCAAAAAAAAUCCUGGAAAGUACAACUAGGCUACCAUGCUAUUGACUCACGACUGAAAAGAAAA